AUGGCGCCACCUAUUACCGUCGUGCCGUCCCUCGAGACCGCCAGCGAAGUUAUCGCCCAGUCGAAAAAUGCGCAAUUUCCUCCUAACCUCCUUCCGUUGACUACGUCGAUUCCGGCCGACCUGUUGACCCCCACAUUGGCUUAUCUGAAGAUCGCGGAGAAAUCUAAACUGUCCUUCCUCUACGAGAGUGCUGCGACGACCGAGACUAUCGGCAGAUACAGUUUCGUCGGUGCUGGUCCCCGCAAAAUCAUCAAGACCGGUCCCGGUCAUGGCCCCGAGUGCGACCCCAUGCCCAUCCUGGAGCAGGAACUCUCCGGCUUUCGGGUUGCGACGGUGCCUGGCUUGACACUGCCCCCGCUCACUGGUGGUGCCAUUGGAUACGUGGGAUAUGACUGCGUGCGGUACUUCGAGCCCAAGACGGCUCGGCCGAUGAAGGAUAUCCUCCAAAUUCCGGAGUCGCUUUUCAUGCUGUUCGACACGAUUGUCGCCUUCGAUCACUUCUUCCAGGUCGUCAAGGUCAUCACAUACAUUUCCAUUCCCGGCAACGACUCGGAACUUGAGUCCGUCUACCGCCAAGGACAAGAGGUUCUCCAGCGGACCAUUGACGUCCUUCUUCGACCAGACUACGCUCUUCCGCCCCAAGGCCCGAUCAUUCAGAACCAGGAGUACACAUCGAACAUUGGACGGGAAGGAUACGAGCGCCAUGUUACACGGCUCAAGGAGCACAUCUCCAAGGGUGAUAUUUUCCAGACUGUGCCGUCGCAGCGGUUGUCCCGGCCGACGUCGCUCCAUCCCUUCAACCUCUUCCGUCACCUACGCACGGUCAACCCGUCGCCAUAUCUCUUCUACAUCGACUGCGAAGACUUCCAGCUGGUGGGAGCCAGUCCCGAGCUGCUGGUCAAGGAGGAGAAGGGACGGAUUAUCACGCACCCGAUUGCGGGCACGGUGAAGCGGGGGAAGACGCCCGAGGAGGAUGCGGCACUGGCCAACGAGCUGACGAGCAGCAUCAAGGACCGGGCGGAACACGUGAUGCUGGUGGACCUGGCGCGCAAUGAUGUGAACCGGGUGUGCGACCCGAUCACGACGCAGGUGGACCGGUUGAUGGUGGUGGAGAAGUUCUCGCACGUGCAGCAUCUGGUGUCGCAGGUGUCGGGCAUCCUGCGGCCGGAGAAGACGCGGUUCGAUGCGUUCCGGUCGAUCUUCCCGGCGGGCACGGUGUCAGGAGCGCCCAAGGUGCGGGCGAUGCAGCUGAUUGCGGAGUUGGAGGGCGAGAAGCGCGGAGUGUAUGCGGGAGCGGUUGGCUACUUUGGGUAUAACAUCGCCAGCGCGGAUGGCCAGACGGAGAUGCCGGGGGCGAUGGAUACGUGCAUUGCGCUGCGGACGAUGAUGGUGAAGAACGGGGUGGCCUACCUGCAGGCGGGCGGAGGCAUUGUGUUCGACUCGGACCCGUACGACGAGUACGUGGAGACGUUGAACAAGCUGGGGGCGAACAUUGCAUGCAUCAAGGGGGCGGAGGCGAAGUAUUUGAGUCUGGAAGAGGAAAGUCGCCGUGGGUAG